AUGAGUUUCAUGUGGAACGUUGUGUAUGUGAUCAUCGCCUUAGUGGUUGUGAAGAUCAGCCAGUGGUUGUGGCAAUGGUCGAAUCCAAACUCCAAGGGCAGUGGCAAGCUACCGCCGGGGUCAAUGGGUUUUCCAAUCGUCGGAGAGACGUUGGAAUUCUUUAGGUCUUCUGGAUUACUCGAGAUCCCACCCUUUUUCCAGAAGAGGAUGCUAAGGUACGGGCCAUUGUUUCGGACCAACAUUUUGGGCUCUAGGACGGUGAUUUCGACGGACGCAGAUGUUAUCUACGAGAUUUUCCGGCAGGAGAACCAGUCUUUUAUACAAAGCUAUCCGGAUAUUUUUGUCAAGGUACUUGGAAAAGACAAUGUGUUCUUCAAGACAGGAGACAUCCACAGACAUAUCAAACAUGCCACUAUGCAUCUCAUUGGCUCGGAAGGUUUGAAGCGAAAGCUGAUAGGAUUUAUGAACCGGACCACCCGCUAG